AAAUUCCAUUCAUAGAUAUUGAGAAUAAAGGAUCAACAAAAAGGAUAAAUAGAAUGUUCCGCUAUAUAUUGCGUCUUUAUGGUCGCCUUAUUAAUUAUCAAAAGGUAUUGGUAACUCUUAUAGAUAUUCAAGUUUUCUUUGACAUUCUUGUAUCAGACGGAAAGACUCCAGAUGAAUGUGAAGAAAAGGUGAACAAAUUUUUCUCUGGUAUUGUGAAAUCAUUAAAAUAG